CUACAAAACAAUACUAAACGUGUAUGUAUUUUACCCCCACCUAGUAGCAUCGCACACGUUCGUUGUAAGAGAUGGCGUUGUUUACUACGUCGGUCAAAAUAUCAAAUAAUAAACGAUUGUUUACGUCGCGGGGCGCAGCAACUCUCGGUGGUUCGCCGUUCUCGGUGUAAUUUCUCCGUCGGGCACCCCGAACUUCUUAGAAAUCUUCAUAACUCGUAAAUUCAUUGGAAAACAACGAUUGAAACUUUAAAAACAACAGCGCAUCGUUUUAAAAAUGGUGGACGAUGAUGGCAAAUAACUACAAUUGACUGCACACAACAAUAUUAUUAUAACUAAUACAAUUACUCAAGUUAAAGUUGAGUGUGUCUCGUCUCAUAAAAUACGUGAACGCAAAGUGUUUUGAAGGGAAUUUUGGACAGUGUCUUUGGUAUAGUAAACGACGGGGCUGUUAACGAUCGAUCGGUCUUCACGAUGGCAGACAGAAAUGAAAAGGAACUCCUCAAGUUGUUGAAGGCGCCCGGAAAUAGUUUUUGUGCAGAUUGUGGAAGUAAAAAUCCAGAAUGGGCAUCAUACAACAUUGGAAUUUUUAUUUGCAAGAGAUGUUCAGGCGUGCACAGGAGUAUGGGUGUUCAUAUAAGUAAAGUAAAACAUUUAAAACUAGAUCGAUGGGAAGAUAGCCAAGUGAAAAGAAUGAGGGAAGUUGGAAAUUAUAACGCAAAAAUGAAGUACGAAGAAAGAGUACCGCCGUGUUAUAGAAAACCAGGAGAAAGUGAUCCUCAAGUUUUAAUAGAACAAUGGAUAAGAGCAAAAUACCAAAGAGAAGAAUUCUGUCAUCCAGAACGUCAAGCAUACGUAAGCGGUUACAUGGAAGGAUUUUUAAAAAAACGUGGAAAAGAAGACAGCAAUUUCUACCAACGUAAAUUCGUGUUAUCCGAAUCAGAUAACACUUUAAAAUAUUUCGUCAAAGAAAAUAAAGAUCCAAAAGCGAUAUUACAGGUUUCCGAUUUAAACGUAAUCUUUGCUCCGGAAAAGGUUGGUAUCCCGACAUGUUUACAAAUAACCUUUUUAAAGGACGGUUCAACGCGACAUAUUUACGUUUAUCACGAGGACCCCAUUACUAUUACGAAUUGGUACAUGGCGAUUCGAUGCGUAAAGUUACAUCGUCUUCAAGUAGCAUUCCCAUCGGCCAGCGAAGAUGAGCUGGUUGAUUUUUUAACGCAAGACUUUGCCAAAGAAGGGUGGUUGUACAAAACAGGACCAAGAAACACGGAUGGUUUCAAAAAACGUUGGUUUAGUUUGGAAAAUCGAAAAUUGAUGUACCACGAUGAGCCAUUAGACGCUAACCCCAAAGGAGAAAUAUUUUUGGGACACAACAUGGACGGUUACGCGAUUCGAGUCGGCGCUCAAGCAGGAGUGAAAGACCUCGGUUUCGCAUUUACCUUAACCACACCUGAACGUACGUACAAUUUAUCGGCAAUGACCGAAGAUGAACGAGACGGUUGGAUACAAGUUAUCGAAAGAGUUUUGGAACGGCCAUUAACGUUUCAAGAUACGACUUUAUGCACCAGAUUGUUACGGAAACGCACGAGUAGUAAAUCGAUGAGUAUAUUUUCCGGAAGGUAGUCAUGAGAUAUCACAGCGUCAAAUUGGAACUUGAUUUCGAUGAAGGAGAAUGGCACAAAAUACAAUUAUGUACCAUAUUUAGUACUGGGAUGAGGAUGCGAAAACGUCAGAUUGAGAAAAAAACUGGAAUCAAAUAAUACGCAUAUGUGUUAGAGAAUGAGGUUAUGUUCUGGAAGUGUUGAUAACUUUAAGUUUAUUAUUUUUUUUAAUACUCAAUGGACUCUCUAUUUCUGAAAGAUACUGUUUAAGGCGCGUAAAAAAUAAGUAGGAUUGUAAAGAUCGGACAAAAAAAGUAAUAAUAAAGAUAACCUCAAUAAAAAAUUGAAA